AUGGCUGCCAACGGUGUGCCCGCUCCUCCCAAGAAGCGUCGAAUUGGUGUCAUGACCAGCGGAGGUGACUCCCCUGGCAUGAACGGCGCCGUGCGAGCUGUUGUUCGUAUGUCCAUCCACAUGGGCUGCGAGUCUUAUGCGAUCUAUGAAGGCUACGAAGGCCUGGUGCAAGGCGGCGAUCUGAUCAAAGAAAUGCACUGGGAAGAUGUGAGAGGAUACUUGUCUCGAGGAGGAACACUGAUUGGCACUGCAAGAUGCAUGGCGUUCAUGGAGAGAUGGGGCCGACUGAAAGCAGCGAAAAACAUGGUUGAGCGCGGCAUUGAUGCCCUUGUCAUCUGCGGGGGUGACGGUAGCUUGACUGGUGCUGACAAGUUCAGAGCAGAAUGGCCCAGUCUACUCAAAGAGCUGGUGGAAACUGGAGAGCUGACCCAGGCAGAAGUUGACCCCUUCCAGCACCUGAAUAUCGUUGGUCUAGUUGGCUCCAUUGACAACGAUAUGUCUGGUACCGACGCUACCAUCGGUUGUUACUCCUCCCUCGAACGUAUCUGCGGCGCGGUCGACGACGUCUUCGACACUGCUGCCUCCCAUCAACGAGGGUUCGUGAUUGAAGUCAUGGGGCGUCAUUGUGGCUGGCUAGCCCUCAUGGCGUCCAUAGCUACAGGCGCUGACUUCGUCUUCAUUCCCGAAAAACCUCCUCGGGUUGGUUGGGAAGAUCAAAUGUGCGAUAUAAUCGCCACCCACAGACGGAGAGGCAAGAGAAGGUCGAUUGUCAUCAUCGCGGAGGGGGCCCACGAUCGAGAACUCAACAGGAUCACUGCGAACCAGGUUAAAGAUCUUCUAACACAGAAGCUCAAGCUUGAUACACGCGUCACGGUUUUAGGCCAUACACAACGUGGUGGACACGCAUGUUUCUACGACCGUUGGCUGUCGACACUGCAAGGCGUCGAAGCUGUGAAAGCUGUCCUAGAAGCUACUCCAAGCACACCCAGUCCAGUCAUAACAAUCCGGGAGAACAAGAUUGAACGCUCCAACCUAAUGGAGACAGUAGCCUUGACCAAGUCGGUUAGUGCUGCUAUCGCGGCCAAGGACUUUGACAAAGCUAUGCAGCUGCGCGACGUCGAAUUCAAGGAAUACUACAACAGUUAUGUCAUCACCACUUCCACGGAUCACCCUGCUCUGCUCUUACCCAAGGAGAAGAGGCUGAGGAUCGCCAUUAUACACGUCGGUGCCCCUGCCGGGGGUAUGAAUCCGGCUACCCGCGCGGCCGUUGCAUAUUGCUUGACUCGCGGUCAUACUCCUAUUGCGAUCCACAAUGGCUUCCCAGGUCUCCAACGACACCACGACGAUAAGCCGCUAGGAUCUGUACGUGAGUGUCGGUGGAUCGACGUAGAUCCAUGGGUCAACGAAGGGGGCUCUGAAAUCGGCACGAACCGUGGACUACCGAGUGCGGACAUGAGGAAAACCGCUGAAUGCUUCGGGAUAUACAAGUUUGAUGCACUGUUUCUGAUUGGUGGGUUUGAAGCUUUCACUGCCGCAAGUGAACUGAGAAAGGCGCGAGAACAGUAUGAGGUUUUCAAGAUCCCGCUGGUUGUGCUACCUGCGACAGUAUCGAACAACGUCCCUGGCACUGAAUACUCUAUCGGCAGUGAUACGUGCUUGAACACGCUGAUCCAAUUCUGCGACGCCAUUCGGCAGUCUGCUUCAUCGUCAAGGCGAAGGGUGUUCGUCAUCGAGACACAAGGAGGUCGGUCCGGUUAUCUUGCGACGAUGGCCGGUCUCUCGGUUGGCGCGCUCGCGGUGUACAUCCCCGAGGAAGGAAUCAAUAUCCAUAUGAUUGCGAGGGAUAUUGAGUUCCUACGAGAGAACUUCAAGAACGAUCAAGGAGCGUCGAGAGCGGGUAAAAUCAUCCUUCGAAAUGAAAGAGCUAGUACCACGUACACGACACAGGUAAUUGCCGAUAUGAUCAAAGAGGAAGCCCGGGGUCGGUUCGAGUCUCGAGCAGCCGUACCUGGUCAUUAUCAACAGGGUGGCAAGCCUUCGCCUAUGGAUCGAAUCCGUGCCCUCCGAAUGGCAAUCAAGUGUAUGCAACAUAUCGAGGACCGGUUUACCGGCAAGUCCAAGGACUGGAUUGCAGACGACCCGUUGUCAGUAGCUGUCAUUGGUAUCCAAGGCUCUGAAGUUGUUUUCACUCCGAUGGGGGGCGCUACAGGUCUGGAAGCUACAGGUACCGACUGGGAGGAUCGUAGGCCUAAGAGUGAAUUCUGGCUGUCGAUGAAGGAGACGGUGGAUAUCCUGAGCGGGCGGCCCCAGCUUGCGGACUGCUGCGAGGAGUGUGGCAAACCCUUGUCUGGUGAGACUUUGAGGCGGACUCUUUCGAAGCAGGUCUAA